AUGGAAAAACAAUGGGAAAAGUAUCAAAUUUUACAUUCUAAAGAUGUAGUACUUGAAGACUCACAUGAAUGGACUUUAGACACACUACGACGUGUUGGGGGAUUAGAUAUAUCAUUUUCAACAAAUCACCCAGACCUUGCAAUUGGUUGUUUAGUUAUUUGUGAAUAUCCUUCUGGAAAAGAGUUAUUAACAUUAACGUCUCAGGUUUAUCAUGAACUACUAAACAAUUGUAAAGAAAAGUAUCCUGAGUUAUAUCCAGAAGUUGUUCUUGUUGAUGGGAAUGGAUAUUAUCAUCCUCGAAGAUUUGGUUCUGCAACUCAUGUUGGAAUUUGUUGUGAUAUACCAUCAAUUGGUGUUGCAAAGACUGUAUUAUGUGAUGAUGGGAUAGGAAAGAAGGAGAUUAACAUAGUUACUUCACAAAUCAAAGCAGGUGAAUCAACGAUAAUUAGUACUUCAAGUGGAGAAGUAUUGUGUGGGGUUAUAAGAAGUAGAGGUGGUAGUAUAAAUCCAAUUGUUGUUAGUUGUGGGCAUAAAGUUUCACUUUCAACAGCAGUAAAUAUAUGUAAAGAAUGUUGUUUACAUAAAAUCCCAGAGCCUAUUCGUCUAGCUGAUUUAAUUUCAAGAAAUUUGUUAAGGAAUGAAGGACUUCUCCCACACAUGAAUUCUAAAUAA